ACCCUUCAAGCCAUCGAACUCUGUAUAUAAAUAUUCGAUCAAACAAUCAAAAUCCUAAUCUAUUUCAUUCAAACUGAUUUUAUGUGAGAAAGUUUUAAAAAAGAAAACCAGAAAAGAAAAAGCUUGAUGAAGAUGAUCAAUUUUCCGAAGCUAAAAUCAGGCAGAUCGGAGAUGAAGAAUGGAAAUAACUUGAGUGACAAGACAAAUGUUAAUGAAGAAUAUAAGGAAGCUUUUAGAACAAAGUCUUAUGUGGAAAUGUGGAGUCAAGUUCAUGGCUUUGAUAAACUACCUUCAACGUCUUCGAUUGGUAAUGUUCAUAUAAACUUGUCGGAAUUCUUGCUUAAACCGAGGCAAGAAACGUUGGACAAGAUAGAGAGCUUGAAUGUUCAUCACCUUCUUCUAGAUUACUUCGAAGCCGGUUUGGAAGCUUGUAAUUUAUGCGAAGUAAUCCUUAAAAGCAUCCACCAGACGCGAGUUUAUUAUCAGAGGAUUCGAAAGGUGAUCAAGCUAUGCAAGAGGGUUCAGGAUUUUUCAGAUGAACAAUGCAACGUUAUACUUAAGGAGCUAACUGGAUUUGCAUUGCUUAAAAACCCGUUGUCGAUCAUUACACAGUUGCAGUUCCGGAAGAUUCAUGAGAAUAACCUGGAUUUGUUCCGAAAACUUACGUCGAAAUGCAAAAAUAUAAGACGAAAAGCGAAAUCGAAAAGAAUCUCCAAACAGAUUGGAGGUCUUUGUUUAGUAAUUUCUCAUACAGCUCUUGUGGUUGCAUUGCUGAUACUUGCCUUCCACAGCAUGUUCGGAAUUAUAGCCGCACCAGGGCUUGUAGCCUGGUUCAUUUGCAUUAGGAAGAAGAAGAAAACCCUGUCAUCGUCUCAUAAGCAAGGACCUACCCCAAGCUUGCUGGAAAGACUUGGUGAGCAACUUGACAUCUCAGCUAAAGGGAUUUACAUUUUGAUCAACGAUUUCGAUACCAUAAGUAGACUAGUAUGGAGACUACACGACGAGAUCGAGCACCGUAAAGCCAUUGCUAAUAUGUGCAUUAGAAAUGGGAAGAUUGAGGUACUAAAGGAGGUUGUUAGAGAAUUCCGUAUGCACGAUUCUAGCUUCUUGGAACAACUGAAAGAGCUUGAAGAACAUACAAAGCUAUGUUUUCACACAAUCAACAAAUCGAGAAGGCACGUGAUAGAAGAAAUAGUUGAUUCACAGCCAUAGACUAGCUUUGUCAUUCAUGAAGAAUUCUUUGUAAUGCUUUUUGUGUAGUUAAAGCAUUGAUCGUGGCAUAAUUAAUGUGCCUGGUAGGCUAUAAGCUUGUCAGUUCUUCGGCUUUACAGCUAUCAGGGUAAAAGAAAUUGACUGCUAUAGAGUUUAGCCAUUGUUAGUUCUUUGAGUGUGUGUAUUUGCGCACUUUAAAUGUAAACAUCAUUAAUCAUUUGGAUCAAGAAGUUGAAGAAUGGCUUACUUU